GAGGGCCUCUAGCCGUGCGUACUGGGUGUUUCAGCCACCGCGGCCCGGGUGUCUGUACAGACUUUCCCAAGAGGAAGUCAAAUACUGAACCCUAGAAUGAAGAUUCCCAGAAAGCAAGAAGACACAGUCCUGGGCUUGGAAUCGGCUGUGAUUUCAAAGACAGGUUCCAGCCUCCCUGUCUCAUCUGGUCAUAUGUGUGAGGUCGGAGCUGAUGUGGCCCUGGAGGGGACUUCUCCGUCUCUCUGUGCUCUAAGAAAGGCCUGAAGAAGGUCUCAUGAUUUCCUUCUUCCCCAGUCCUGCCUUUCUCCCCCAAGAAGUAUCCUGAGCAGGAGGGGAAAAUUGUUGUUGCACAUCUAAAAGUACAGAUCAGUCCUGGCUUCUCUGGACUCUGUGCUUUUCGAGUGGAGGAAGCCCAAAGAGGAGAUCAAGUUCUUGCGGUUCUACAACCAUGGCCCAUAUGUCCUUGUCAUUCAGGGACGUGGCCAUAGACCUCUCCCAGGAGGAAUGGGAGUGCCUGGACCCUGUUCAGAGGGCCUUGUACAGGGAUGUGAUGUUGGAGAACUACAGCAACUUGGUCUCAUUGGGAUGUUCCUCUCCUAAGCCAGACAUGAUUACUUUAUUGGAGCAAGAGAAAGAGCCCUGGACGGUAAUGAGAGAAGGAACAAGAAGCUGGUACACAGAUUUGGAGUCUAAGUAUGUCACCAAGAAGUUAUUUCCAGAAAAGGAUAUUUGUGAAAUAUAUCUGUUUCAGUUGCAGAGAGUGGACAAAAGUAAAACUUACAUCCAUGAGGAUACCAUUUUCAGAAAUGAUUUGCAGUGUAAACAUGAGUUUGAGAGACAAGAAGGACAUCAAAUGAGAUGUGCUAGUCAAAUGAUAAUCCAAAAACAUAUACCUCUUCUUCUGCAUCAGAAAAUUCAUGCUAGAGAGAAAUCAUAUGAAUGUAAGGAAUGUAAGAAGGCUUUUAGACAACAGUCAUACCUUAUUCAACAUCUGAGAAUUCAUACUGGUGAGAGACCCUAUAAAUGUAAGGAAUGUGGGAAAGCCUUUUGUCGUGUAGGGGACCUUAGAGUACAUCAGACAAUUCACGGUGGGGAGAGACCCUAUGAAUGUAACAAUUGUGGAAAGACCUUUAGGCUUCAUUAUCAUCUUACUGAACAUCAGAGAAUACAUUCUGGUGUGAAACCCUAUGAGUGUAAUGAAUGUGGGAAGGCCUUUAGUCGUGUUCGAGACCUUAGAGUACAUCAGACAAUUCAUGCUGGAGAGAGACCUUAUGAAUGUAAAGAAUGUGGGAAGGCCUUUAGACUUCACUAUCAGCUCACUGAACAUCAAAGAAUUCAUACUGGUGAGAGGCCUUAUGAAUGUAAGAUUUGUGGAAAGACCUUUAGGGUACAACGACAUAUUAGUCAACAUCAGAAAAUUCAUACUGGUGUAAAACCCUAUAAAUGUAAUGACUGUGGGAAGGCCUUCAGUCAUGGCUCAUACCUAGUUCAACAUCAGAAAAUUCACACUGGUGACAAACCCUAUGUAUGUAAAGAAUGUGGUAAGUCCUUUAGUUUUCAUGCAGAACUUACUCGACAUCAUAGAAUUCAUACUGGUGAGAAACCCUAUGAAUGUAAAGAAUGUGGAAAAGCCUUUCGUCUCCAAACAGAACUUACUAGGCAUUGUAGAAUUCAUACUGGAGAGAAACCCUAUGAAUGUAAGGAAUGUGGGAAGGCCUUUAUUUGCGGCUAUCAACUUACUUUACAUCUGAGGGUUCAUACUGGUGAGAUUCCCUAUGAAUGUAAGGAAUGUGGGAAAACCUUCAGUAGUCGUUAUCAUCUUACUCAACAUUACAGAAUUCAUACUGGUGAGAAACCCUAUGGAUGUAAAGAAUGUGGGAAGGCCUUUCGUCUUCAAGCAGAACUUACCAGACAUCACAGAAUUCAUACUUGUGAAAAGCCCUAUGAAUGUAAGGAAUGUGGGAAGGCCUUUAUUCGUAGCAAUCAACUUAUUUCACACCAGCGAAUUCACACCAAUGAGAACACCUAUGAGUGCAAGCAAUGUGGGAAGAUUUUUAGUCGUCGCUACAAUCUUACUCAACAUUAUAAAAUCCAUACUGGUGAAAAACCCUAUGUAUGUAAAGAAUGUGGAAAGGCCUUUCGCUUUCAGACAGAACUUACUCAGCAUCACAGAAUUCAUACUGGUGAAAAACCCUAUAAAUGUAAGGAAUGUGGGAAAGCCUUUAUUCGUAGCAAUCAUCUUACUCAACAUCACAGAAUUCAUACUGGUGAGAAACCCUACGAAUGUAAAGAAUGUGGAAAGACCUUUAGUCGGCACUAUCAUCUUACUCAACAUCACAGAAUCCACACUGGUGAGAAACCCUACAUAUGUAAUGAAUGUGGGGAUGCUUUUAUUUGUAGUUAUCAACUUACCUUACAUCAAAGAAUUCACACUGGUGAGAUUCCGUAUGAAUGUAAGGAAUGUGGAAAGACUUUUAGUCGCCGAUAUCAUCUUACUCAACAUUUUAGACUUCAUACUGGUGAGAAACCUUAUGGGUGUAAAGAAUGUGGGGAUGCCUUUCGUCUUCAAGCAGAACUUACUCGACAUCACACAAUUCAUACUGGUGAGAAACCCUAUAAAUGUAAAGAAUGUGGGAAGGCCUUUAGUGUUAAGUCAGAACUUACACGACAUCACAGAAUUCAUACUGGUGAGAAACCCUAUAAAUGUAAAGAAUGUGGGAAAGCCUUUAUUCGUAGUGAUCAACUCACUUUACAUCAGAGGAAUCAUAUUAGUGAGGAACCCCCAUUCAUAAUGUAAAGAGGAUACAUUUAGAAAAUGCCUUUUAUAACAACAGAAUUCAUAAUUGAUUUAAGAAAGUUUUUACUUGUUAGGGAACAUAUGGGAAUCCCUUUUGCUUUGUGCUCAAAACUUAACAGCAGUAGUUUUAUACUAUAUAUAUUGAUUUAAAGAGUUGAAAAAUUACAGCAUCACCCAGCCUUGGUUAACUUUAGAGAAUGAUACUGCUGCAGUACAUCUCAAACCAAGAUAAAUGGUACCCCCUUCCCCCCUCAAAAUUGUUGUUGACCAAUACUUUUACAAGAUACAAUGAAAUUGGAUUACCAGAUACAUGAAACUGAAAGAAAAACAAACAUACAAAAUCAAAGCCCCCAUUUUUUUAUUAUUGGACUUAACAGACAUAAAUUAGCUCUGUCAUUUUUCUGUAAAUGUCUCUAAAUGUUUGCUCUCGGUGUCUAUACCUUAACUCACUGCAGACCAGAAGCAAACAACCUGUGGACCAGCAUCAGUACAUGGACCACACUUUAUAUAGCAUUGUAACAGAAAAUAAUUCUGUUAAUGUAACAGAUGUGGGAAAAGACUUCAGCCAUAGCAAAUCUUUACUAUAGUUCUCAUAAUUCCACCCCUGCCUGUGUGGUACUGGCAAGACACUACUCCCCUCUGUGCUUUAUUUUAUUUUAUUCUAUUUUACUUUAUUUAAUGUCUUUUGUGCCUCAGUUUUAAAGUGGUGAUUAUAGUACCUACCUAAUAGUACUUUUGUAAGGAUGAAAUGUUAAUUAAAAAACAAAACCUUUGGGGUUUCCCUGGUGGCGCAGUGGUUGAGAGUCCGCCUGCCAAUGCAGGGGACAUGGGGUCGUGCCCCGGUCUGGGAGGAUCCCACAUGCCGCGGAGCGGCUGGGCCCGUGAGCCAUGGCCACUGAGCCUGCACAUCUGGAGCCUGUGCUCUGCAACAGGAGAGGCCACAACAGUGAGAGGCCCGCGUACCACAAAAAAAAAAAAAAAAAAGAAAGAAAAAACAAACAAAAAAACCAAAAAAACAAAACCUUUAGAAGAGCAUUGUUCAAUAAAUAUUUUAUUAUUAGUGAUAUUAGUAAGUUCAUGUGAGAGGAAGAUCCUGUAAAUAUAAAGAAUUUGUAAAAACUGUCCACUACCUUUCAUUUUGUUUACUUAAAUUAAUAAUUAAUUAUGGAUAAAGUUUAGUAAAAUAAACUUUCACUUCUAAAAUUCAGAAGUCAUUUCUGAAAACUAAUGUGAGAAAGAAAUCUCUAGAGUUGAUGGAUAUGGAGAUUAUGAGAGAAAGCUUUUGAAGAAUCAGGGAGAGCUGUAAUGCUUUUUCUUUUAUAAUCCAUAAAGCAGACAUGUUACAGUAUUCUUUUUCUGCCCCAAAUUCAUGAUAAAUUAGAAACUAACAAUGAAAAGGCCACUGUCCAUUUGGAAAAAAAAUAAAAGAAUAGUACAGGGAACACCGGUAUGCCCUCUAGAUUCAGUGAUUGUUAAAACGUUGUCAUAUUUGGUUUGCUUCUAUAUAAUUUUUGACAUAUUUUUUGCUGUGGUAUUUAAGUAUAAAUAUAGACAUUAUAACAUUUCACCUCUCUCUAUGUAACUCCUAUAUAACCUCUCAUAUAACUCCUAAGAAUAAAGGCUGCCUCCUACUUAAUCACUACAUAACUUCACACCGAAGGAAAGUUAACAGCAGUACCAUAUCUGUAAUAUUACAGAUAGAUAAGCAGUGCCUUAACCCAACAUAUCUAAAAGAAUGUUUCUGGGAACAGUAGUAUUUAAUGGUACUUGAAAAAUGUUCUGUGGUCACAGAUACUUAUGAACUUCUAAAUACUAAAUCCCUUCUAAGAAAAAAAUGCUAAUUAUCACACUAGCAAAGGACUUAAGAGGCCUACAAUAAAGAAAAUUUGCUUAACUUAGUUUAUCUUACUGUAUCUUAAACUUCACUAAGGAUUCAUAAUACCUAAUUUCUUUGGGAUGUGAACCCACACUGACAAGGCUGCCAUAACUGAAAAACAGUGACCCUAAAGAUGGACACUCCAGAUAACCAUGGCAGAUGCUUAGCUAUGUUGAGAAAGGAAAUGCAUGCUCUCUGCUGCUCACAUCUCUUCCUCUACAGUCAGUUGCUUGCCCUCUGAAUGUAGGGCUGAUACUUUCUACAAAAUUAAAAACCCAUUUGGUUUAGUUUUUUAUAUGAACAUACCAUGACAUAUUUAAACCUUCUCUUCUUUUUUACUGUUUAACAAUUUUUCACUAUUUCAGAUAUACUUCAGUGAAUAUCCUUGUCUGUGACUAUUGGUUUCUGUGAGCUGGAAUUUCUUUAAUUGUACACAUGUGGAAGUAGAACUGCUCAUACAUUAUAUAUUCUUUCAGUUAUGUUAGAUAUUGCUACAUUGAUCAUAGGUCACAUACACUUCCAAUUCUAUUAGAUAUUGCCAAAUUGUUCUCUUAGACUCCUAUCAAAUUGAGUA